CAUCAGCAUCAUUGGACGCCUGAAGGGAGGAGAAAAUGCCGGGAGACUUUUAUAUUCGGUAUUACGUCGGCCACAAAGGCAAAUUCGGCCACGAGUUCCUGGAAUUCGAGUUCAGACCUGAUGGUAAACUCCGCUAUGCCAACAACUCCAACUACAAGAAUGACGUCAUGAUCCGCAAGGAGGCUUACUGCCAUCGCUGCGUCAUGGAGGAGCUGAAGAGAAUCAUUGACGACUCGGAGAUCAUGCAGGAGGACGACUCUUCAUGGCCGCAGCCUGACCGGGUGGGGCGGCAGGAGCUGGAGAUUGUGAUUGGUGACGAACACAUCUCCUUCACCACCUCCAAGAUUGGCUCCCUUGUUGACGUCAAUAGCUCCAGGGAUCCGGACGGCUUGAGGUGCUUCUACUACCUUGUGCAGGACCUCAAGUGUCUCGUCUUCUCCCUUAUCGGCUUACAUUUCAAGAUUAAGCCUAUCUAAGCUCACCGAGGCAGCCCAGGGGAGUGUGUGUGGGUCUGUCGGGGUCUGGUUGUAGGGCACCAUAAUAACAGGUGCCUUUAUUUAGGGUUAGGAUUGUGAGUGGAUGUUUUGGAGGGUUUCAAGGUGGUGGUUUAACUGUGGACUGUGUUGACUCUGUUGUGUUGCCCUUGUGCCUGUUUCUCUGAUUAUGUUGAUGGUUUUCUUUACUAUAAACAUUCUGGUUGUGCUGUUUGGUUAUGACUGUUUCCUCCUUAUUCUUGUCCUCCUCAUCCUCUUCUAUCUUUUUUUCUUCUCAUUCUUUUCUUCUCCAUCUCUUCUUUUUUUCGUCCUCCUCCUCCUUUCUUCCUCCCUCCCCUCUUUCCUCCCAGGCAGCCUCCCACGUCAGAUCCCAUGUUUGCCCCUAUAAAUAUAAGUUUUCUCUUAUUCUUUUUAUCUAUUAUUGUAACUUUGUCACUUUUUCCACUUGCAUUGUCAUUCCUUGCCACUAGAAGACAUGAAAUAAAGUAUGAAUUUUCUCAGUAA